AUGCAUAUGGCAGCGUAUAGAGGCGAUGAAGCUGGCAUCGCUGCCUUGCUUGCUUCAGGCGCCAACAUUGAUAUAUGCACACCAAGGAAAUUCACGCCCCUGCACACUGCUGCCCAACAUGGCCACGAUCACCUGGUAAUUCUCCUCAUCGAGUCUGGCUGUGACCGUCAUGCCCGGUCGUCCACGGGUAUGACAGCUCUCCACAUGGCAGCCAUGCAGGGCCUCAAGAGCACGGCCAAGCUGCUCCUCAAGUAUGGGCUGGACCCCAAUGCGCGAGAUGAGAAUGGGCACACACCAGAUAAUUGCGCAGAUGUGUGGGGGAUGAACGACAUCCGCUGGUGGUUCCUGAAACUCCAAGACUCAAAUCCGACAUCUCUGCCAAUAUUCAUAUAA